UCAGCCACGUCAUUUUCGCUUGAUAGAUGAUAGUAUACGCGGCGUUAAAAAGGAGUGCACUAAAAUAUUAAACCAUGAAUAUAUUCCGUUUACUUGGUGAUUUGUCCCACCUUCUAGCUAUUAUUAUACUAUUACUCAAAAUAUGGAAAACGAGAUCAUGUGCAGGUAUAUCGGGAAAAUCGCAGAUACUCUUUGCAAUUGUGUAUUCGAUGCGAUAUUUAGAUCUGUUGACGACUUACGUGUCUGCUUAUAACACUGUUAUGAAACUGGUGUUCAUCCUCGCCUCCUGCGCUACUGUUUAUUUGAUCUACGUCAAGUUCAGAGCCACCUAUGACCAUAACCAUGACACAUUCAGAAUUGAGUUUCUGUUGGUUCCAUGCUUUGUGUUGGCGCUGCUGAUUCACCAUGACUUCACUGUGCUAGAGGUCAUGUGGACCUUCUCCAUUUACUUGGAAUCAGUUGCCAUCCUGCCACAGCUGUUCUUAGUAUCAAAGACGGGCGAAGCCGAGAGCAUCACUUCUCAUUACCUGUUUGCCCUUGGAUCAUACCGAGCCCUCUAUUUACUUAACUGGGUGUACCGCUACGUCGUGGAGGAUCAUUAUGAGUUGAUCGCUAUAGUUGCUGGCGUCGUGCAGACUGUCCUGUACUGCGAUUUCUUCUAUCUUUACAUCACGAAAGUUCUCAAAGGAAAGAAGCUGCAGCUGCCGGCUUAAUGAUGCAAUAAAACUUUACACAGGUGUUGUGAAGGUGUUUUUAUAAGCCAAUAAUUUACCUAAGAUCUAGAUAUACAACCAUUGUCAGUAUACUUGUGGAAAUGUUGAUUACUGAAACCAAUUAUGUGUGAGGAAUUUUAUACUUAAUUAUUAUUACUGUUUAUUAUAAUUUGCGUAAUUUGAUCAGUAUAAUGUAACGAGAGCGGUAUAUUGAAACUUGGCUGAAUACAAUAUUUUUAUGUUAAUAAAAUUAUUAACACAGAUCAA